UUAAAAUUACCCACAAUGCACCCGUAUUUUUGUUUUGUCUUCCUUUUUUAGCAUCAUGUGAUAGUUUUACGAUAAAUAUAGUUAUAUUAAGUUAAUUGAAGCCAUAAUCUAUCUCAGAUGGAUUCAUUCAAUGGCAAAAUACAAUCAUAUAUUAUUGAAUUUCUUCUUUGAAAAACGUUCACUUUUAUGCCGGAAGUGCUCUUCAAGCUGGGAGGAGGAAUUUUAAAAUCAUGAAAACAUUUUUUCGUCGGCACAUUAUUAGUCAAUAAUAGGGAUAUUUGGCUUUCCUAUGUCGUAUAAUUAACCUCCAAGCUUUAUUAAAAUAAUUCUCAAACGCACAAGAUGAUGCAAAUUACAGAUUUUCAGAAGAUUGGAGUAGGACUGGCAGGAUUUGGAGUUGCUUUUAUAUUCUUGGGAAUUCUCUUCCUCUUUGACAAAGGAUUACUGGCAAUAGGAAAUAUUUUGUUCAUUUGCGGCCUUGCAUUUGUGAUAGGAUUAGAAAGGACUUUCAGAUUUUUCUUUCAACAGCAUAAAUUAAAAGCCACAGGAUUCUUCUUUGGUGGCAUCUUAAUAGUUUUAAUAGGAUGGCCACUUAUAGGAAUGUGCCUAGAAACAUAUGGAUUUGUAUUAUUAUUUAGUGGGUUUUUCCCAGUAGCAAUCAAUUUUCUCAGACGGGUACCUGUCCUUGGCUCAUUACUCAAUCUCCCUGGGAUCAGCUAUUUGGUGAAUAAAGUAGGGGAACCACAAGGAAUGGUAUAGGAAUUUAUCUCAUUGACAUUUGGUGCAAGUUUUAUUUUAAAGAUCCCAUGGUAGUCACGUCUGGAUUGUACAUCGUACCAAGAUAAGCCAUGUUAAAAACACUUGGCUGAACCAAAUUAAUGAAAUUAUCCAAAUGAAAAUUAAAUUGCACUCAGUUGAGAGUUGGGAAAAUUAUGAAUAUUUUGGAAUUAUCCAUAGUCCAAAAUCCUCAAAAGUUACCAGUAUGGUAUAUUGACAAAUUCACGUUUUACCAGUUAGAGACUUGAAUAUCAUGUGAGGCUUAUAUAAGAAACAAAUGACAUGUACAUUUCCAUCAUGGCUUCAUGUGACCACUAGAGGUUGAAAAGGGGCAAUUUUUCUAAUGGAGGUUACUGUAUGACAUCUUAUUAAAGUGUAAUAAACCGUGUACUGUAACCUGGGCUAUUUUUGCACUAUUUAAUUUUGUGAAUUUUUUAUGAUAUAGACUUCUUGACAAAAUUUCAAUUUUGUGAAUAUCAAAGCAACAGAGCAAAAAU